AUGGUAGGUAGAGACACACUUGUUGGGUCGCGGACAAUUCUUACUGAGGUUUGGCUUGUGCUGAUUGUGCUGUGGUCACUGGUUAGGCUUAUAACAUUGCUUUGUCUAGCAGUGUUUCCCAACCCUGGUCUGCGAGUACCCCCAACAGUACACAGUUUCGUUGUAGCCCUGGACAACCACAUCUCAUUCAACUCAUUGAGGGCUUGAUGAUUAGUUGACAAGUUGAAUCAGGUGUGCUUGUCCAGAGUUACAAUAAAAAUGUGUACUGUUGGGGGUACUCCAGGACCAGGGUUGGGAAACACUGGUCUAGAGGUCCACAAGAAAAAAGGUUUUGGAACCACUAGGCUAUACUACAGAUACAACUCAAGCAGUGAAAAUACAUAUUCAGGGGCUGGUUUGAGUUAGGUUAGCAGUAGAGGCUAACUUUAGCAUCACCGACCAUGGUCGGGUAUAUUUGGAGGUUGGUCUCACAGUUGGUCUUUCUUCCCUUGAAAACCAAGUCAGCUCCCCUGUCUCGUUUGGAAAGGACUCUCCUUGCAGCUUGGUGGCAUGCAGUCCCAUGCGAUGUGUCUGUGUGUGUGUCUGGACUUGGUCUCUGCCUAGUCACGACAGCUCUAGUUCCUCUGAGAGUUAAGCCUCCCCGCGGCAUGGUGAAACAGAAAGCUGGUCUCUGAGAAGUUUGACGUCUUUUUCUUAUCCCUCUUUCCUAUAGUUUUCUGUUAUUCUGUUGCUAUAUGCUGAGGUAAGGGGUAAGAGCAGAGUUUUCUAAUGCCACUGGGCUUAUAUUUAGUUUAAGAGACUUUUCCCUUGAUAUGAGAAAGCAUGACUGUGCUGUUUUUUUUUGGUUUAUGGAGUAAGUCUAAGCCAAGGUAGUCCUCUCCUCUGUAACUUAACCUAUACCAUUUAAAAAGCGUGGUCAUAUUUUUUUUCAAAUGGAAGUUGCUUUUGGUAUUAUAAUAAUAAUAUAAUAAUAAUAUGCCAUUUAGCAGACGCUUUUAUCCAAAGCGACUUACAGUCAUGCGUGCAUACAUUUUUGUGUAUGGGUGGUCCCGGGGAUCGAACCCACUACCUUGGUGUUACAAGCGCCGUACUCUACCAGCUGAGCUACAGAGGACCACAUUAUUAGGAAAGCAUACGGCUUAAAUCAUGACUGUGAGUAGGUUACCUGAAUAGAGGAGUGUGUGUGUGAGCCCUCAGACAGUUGAACAGGCUUGUGUGUGUGACAUCUCGGCCCACCCAAGUGAAAAGUCUGCUUGCUCCACAUGCUAAAGUGUUAAGACUCUCUCUGUUCUGCUUUGGGCUUAAACCCUUCCCUGGAGAGUGUCUGUGUGUGAGGGCAAAGAAGUGCGUGUGCUCUGUACUCACUGUAUAUGUUGUAACUUGGAAUGUGUGUGCUUGUGUGUAUGUGUGUGGUGUGUUAUGGUUGUAAUGCUCUCUCCUCUCCCCUCUCUCCUUAGCUCCACCUGGCAGCCCUGGCCUCGUUGAAGGGGGACGUAGUGGAGUUGAACAAGCGGCUGGUGCAGACGGAGAGAGAGAGAGAGAUGCUGGAGAAGAGACUGGCCAAGGCACAGGUAUUCUACUCUACUGGGCCAUAGAUAUACACUCAUUGGCCAGUUUAUUAGGUACACCUCGUUCAUGAAAAUUGAGUCAUGUGGCCGUGGCUUGCUAUAUAAAGCAGGCGGACAGGCAUCGAGGCAUUGUUACUUUUCGAUUGAACGUUAGAAUGGGCAAAACGAGUGACCUAAGCGACUCUGAGCGUGGUAUGAUCGUCGGUGCCAGGCACGCCGGUUCUAGUAUCUCAGAAAUGGCCGGCCGACAAUGUCUAGGGUUUAUCGAGAAUGGUGCGACAAAUAAAAAACAUCCAGUCUGUGGCGGUCCUUUGGGGCGAAAUCCGCUCGUUGAUGAAAGGUCGAAAUGAAUGGCAAGAAUCGUGCAAGCUAACAGGUGGACCACAAACAGACCGAUAAAUGAGCAGAGCAGCGGCGCCGAAGAAGAUGGCUGCCGUUUUACAGCCCUCUAACCAAUUGUACUAUUAUGUGUGUUUCUUCGCGUUAUUUGUAAUUUAUUCUGUACAUAAUGUUUCUGCCACCGUCUCUUAUGACAAAAAAGAGCUUCUUGAUAUCAGAACAGCGAUUACUCACCUCGUAUUGGACGAAGAUUUUUUCUUCAACGAGUCGGACGCGAAGGAUAUCCUACAGACACCCGACAAGGCCCAAAUCCCCGUCAUUCGCAUGAGAAAAAGACGGAGAUAUCGUGGACGUAGGUCGGGGUGCCUUGUAAAGAUCCGACGGCGAGCGAGUAAACUGCCUCUUCCAUCAAUCCUAUUAGCCAAUGUUCAAUCAUUUGAAAAUAAGUUAGACGACCUAAGAUUACGGUUAUCCUACCAACGGGACAUUAAAAACUGUAAUAUCUUAUGUUUCACCGAGUCGUGGCUGAACGACGACAUGGAUAACAUACAGCUGGCGGGAUAUACACUACAUCGGCAGGAUAGAACGGCUGACUCCGGUAAGACAAGGGGUGGCGGUCUGUGUAUAUUUGUAAACAACAGCUGGUGCAUAAAAUCUAAUACUAAGGAAGUCUCAAGGUUUUGCUCGCCUGAGGUAGAGUAUCUCAUCAUAAGCUGUAGACCACACUAUUUACCAAGAGAGUUUUCAUCUAUAUUUUUCGUAGCUGUCUAUUUACCACCACAAACCGAUGCAGGCACUAAGAUUGCACUCAAUGAGCUGUAUAAGGCCAUAAGUAAACAGGAAAACGGUCAUCCAGAGGCAGCGCUCCUAGUGGCCGGGAACUUUAAUGCAGGGAAACUUAAAUCCAUUCUACCUAAUUUCUACCAGCAUGUUAAAUGUGCAACCAGAGGAAAAAAACUCUAGACCACCUUUACUCCACACACAGAGACGCGUACAAAGCUCUCCCUCGCCCUCCAUUUGGCAAAUCUGACCAUAACUCUAUCCUCCUGAUUCCUGCUUAUAAGCAAAAACUAAAGCAGGAAGCACCAGUGACUUGGUUAAUAAAAAAGUGGUCAGAUGACGCAGAUGCUAAGCUACAGGACAGUUUUGCUAGCACAGACUGGAAUAUGUUCCGGUAUUCUUCCGAUAGCGUUGAGUAGUACACCACAUCAGUCACUGGCUUCAUCAAUAAGUGCAUUGAUGACGUUGUCCCCACAGUGACCGUACGUACAUACCCCAACCAGAAGCCAUGGAUUGCAGGCAAGAUCCGCACUGAGCUAAAGGGUAGAGCUGCCGCUUUCAAGGAGUAGGACUCUAGCCCGGACGCUUAUAAGAAAUCCCGCUAUGCCCUACGACGAACCAUCAAACAGGCAAAUAGUCAAUAUAGGACUAAGAUUGAAUCGUACUACACUGGCUCUGACGCUCGUCGGAUGUGGCAGGGCUUGAAAACUAUUACAGACUACAAAGGGAAGCACAGCCACGAGCUGCCCAGUGACACAAGCCUACCAGACGAGCUAAAUAAUUUAUAUGCUCGCUUCGAGGCAAGCAACACUGAAGCAUACAUGAGAGCAUCAGCUGUUACGGAUGACUAUGUGAUCACGCUCUCCAUAGCCGAUGUGAGUAAGACUUUUAAGCAGGUCAACAUUCACAAGGCCGCAGGGCCAGACGGAUUACCAGGACGUGUACUCCGAGCAUGCGCUGACCAACUGGUCUUCACUGACAUUUUCAACAUGUCCCUGACUGAGUCUGUAAUACCAACAUGUUUCAAGCAGACCACCAUAGUCCCUGUGCCCAAGAACACUAAGAUAACCUGCCUAAAUGACUACCGAUCCGUAGCACUCACAUCUGUAGCCAUGAAGUGCUUUGAAGGCUGGUCAUGGCUCACAUCAACACCAUUAUCCCAGAAGACCUAGACCCACUCCAAUUUGCAUACCGCCCCAACAGAUCCACAGAUGAUGCAGUCUCUAUUGCACUCCACACUGCCCUUUCCCACCUGGACAAGAGGAACACCUACGUGAGAAUGCUAUUCAUUGACUACAGCUCACCACAGUGCCCUCAAAGCUCAUCACUAAGCUAAGGACCCUGGGACUAAACAGCUCCCUCUUUAACUGGAUCCUGGACUUCCUGACGUGCCGCCCCCAGGUGGUAAGGGUAGGUUACAACACAUCUGCCCCGCUGAUCCUCAACAUGGGGGCCCCUCAGGGGUGCGUGCUCAGUCCCCUCCUGUACUCCCUGUUCACCCAUGACUGCAUGGCCAGGCACGACUCCAACACCAUCAUUAAGUUUGCUGACGACACAACAGUGGUAGGCCUGAUCACCGACAAUUAUGAGACAGCCUAUAGGGAGGAGGUCAGAGACCUGGCCGUGUGGUGCCAGGAUAACAACCUCUCCCUCAACGUGAUCAAGACAAAGGAGAUGAUUGUGGACUACAGGGGAAAAAAAGAGGACUGAGCACGACCCCAUUCUCAUCGACGGGGCUGUAGUGGAACAGGUUGAGAGCUUCAAGUUCCUUGGUGUCCACAUCACCAACAAACUAUCAUGGUUCCAAACACACCAAGACAGUCGUGAAGAGGGCACGACAAAGCCUAUUCCCCCUCAUGAGACUGAAAAGAUUUGGCAUGGGUCCUCAGAUCCUCAAAAGGUUCUACAGCUGCACCAUCGAGAGCAUCCUGACUGGUUGCAUCACCGCCUGGUAUGGCAACUGCUCGGCCUCCGACCGCAAGGCACUACAGAGGGUAGUGCGUACGGCCCAGUACAUCACUGGGGCCAAGCUUCCUGUCAUCCAGGACCUCUAUACCAGGCGGUGUCAGAGGAAGGCCCUCAAAAUUGUCAAAGACUCCAGCCACCCUAGUCAUAGACUGUUCUCUCUGCUACCGCACGGCAAGCGGUACCGGAGCGCCAAGUCUAGGUCCAAAAGGCUUCUUAACAGCUUCUACCCCCAAGCCAUAAGACUCCUGAACAGCUAAUCAUGGCAACCUGGACUAUUUGCAUUUGGCGUAAGCAGCAUGAGUCCAGGGACCCAUCCUGCCUGGUGUCAACGGUACAGGCUGGUGGCGGUGGUAUAAUUUUACAUUUUAGUCAUUUAGCAGACGCUCUUAUCCAGAGCGACUUACAGUUAGUGAAUACAUACAUGUUUGUUUUUUGUUUUGUUUUUUUCAUACUGGCCCCCCGUGGGAAACGAACCCACAUCCCUGCCGGCCAAACCCUCCCCUACCUUGGACAACGCUGGACCAAUUGUGCGCCGCCCAUGGGUUUCCCGGUCGCAGCCGGCUGCGACAGAGCCUGGACUCGAUCCAGGAUCUCUAGUGGCACAGCUUGCACUGCGAUGCAGUGCCUUAGACCACUGCGCCACUCGGGAAUGGUGUGGGGAAUGUUUUCCUGGCACACGUUAGGUCCCUUGAUACCAAUUGAGCACUGUUUCCAUGCCCCAAAUAAUUCAUGUUGUUCUGGAUGCAAAGGGGGUUCCAACUCGGUUCUAGAUGGAUGUACCUAAUAAACUGGCCCCUGAGUGUAUAUUCACAUAGACUCAUAUUCAUCAUUGUAUUGGACACUCACUUAGCUAGGCUAUCCAUUCAAAGUCCUAUGACCAGAACAUUGGUGUAAUGCAGUGGUUACCGGCACCACCCCAUUUAAAGCCUUACAAAUCUUAAUAAUAUUUCUGUCUACAAGCCAGCUGAAGUGGAUCUUUCACCAUGAUCCAUAAUUAUAAAAAAAACACUGUAAAUAGUUCCUCUUUCUCUUCCUAUUUUCUGCACCUGUGGAUUAGACCUCUCUGGUAUGGAAACAUUAUUUUGUAGGGUUAGCGAUUUUUAUCUUUGAAUAAUAACCUAAACUGCUAAAGAAUGAUAGAUGUUAAAGAACUACAGUAAAAAGCUGUGAUGGAAUUGCACUGGCUUCAUAUGAGUGAGAUUUCCUUUUUUGAAGAAUAUCCAGGAAUAGCUGACAUUGCACACAGGCAUUGAAUUGUAUGGCUCAUCUAUUGCAAUGCGUCUGGGAAUCCUCCCCGCCUCUUCCCCCAAAACACCCAGUCCAUAUGCUCCAAUCAGACUACAUAGAGAAGAGGUGCAGAAUGAUGAUGACACCAUCACAGAGAUAAUUUUUUUGUCGUUUCCAUCAUUCUAGCAUGCUGGAAAGGAACUGCUUUCUUUUCAGCAGUCGGGUAUCACCUUCCCAUUACAUUGCUCAUAGUAUUGUAUUAUUUACAUUGUUUUCAGUGUAAUGCUAUUGUCCCAGUGACUGGUAUUCUCUGUGACCUUGGGUGUGUAUUAGAGGAGGAGGAGGAAUUCAUUCCAGCUCUGGCUCUCUGAAUCCCUGAUCUCAUACAGUGAUGAGAGACUGGAAGCUUUACCUUUUUAAAUAAAGAGGAAAUUGAUUUGGGGAUUAUUUGGCAUGAAGCAACACACCCCAUAUGUCACUGGAACCAGGAACGUCAGUAAUCAUGCCAACUGCUCAGCUUCGAUCUGCUUUGUAGUUUUCCCAGUCCCAGUGAUUGGCACUGUCUCUCUCCGAGGAUGGAGUUUUGGGCUUGCUUGGUGUGUGUGAGAACGAGAAAGGGGGAGAAUGCCUGUUUAUGGAGAUAAUUAUUGGGUGUUUAUGCGUUUGUGUAAUGGAGUGCGUGUGAUAGACGGAGAGAAAUAGCGAGACAGAUUGUGUGAGUACCUGUUCUAUAAACAGCCUGGCCACUCUCUCUCUCGCUCUCUCUAUCUCGUGCACUCUCUCUCUCUCUCUCCUCUCCCCUCUCCCUGGACCACUACAAACAGACGCUGGUUUAAAGAGCUGUGGAAUACCUCUGGCAGCUACAUCAGCAAUGGGUAUUUCCCUAGUGGCGGCUGUUGUAAACAAUAGGCUAUCUGGUACUAUUAUUUGUGUCAAAUAUUAAUGCUAGAAACAUUUGUUUUUUUAUUUUAGUUUCCCAUCUGUUCCACUGGAGUUAGAUGAAGAGGAUUAGACCAUUAGUUUUAAGAUAAAGAAAUAGCUUGGAAUGUACAUGCACUUGCCAUUGUUAUUAGAUUCCAUUGUGAUUAGGGUUGGGCUGUAUCAACAUUUUCAUAUCGUCAUACCGUCCUUCUCUCAUCCCAGGAUUUAUGGUAUUACCGGUUUAAUACAUAAGGGGGCGCCAAAAAACUCAAGCGUCUGGGCAUCUAUUACCAGAAUGCUAACAAAAAUAGCACAAGUAAUAGCGAAUUUCCAUGGAGGCUGCUAACUAAAUAUGCUAAUGCACUCAAACGUAAAUAAACGAAUUGCAAAUACCGGCAAUCCAGCUCAUAAUGUUAGACAUAUAUACAGUGGGGAGAACAAGUAUUUGAUACACUGCCGAUUUUGCAGGUUUUGCAGGUUUUCCUACUUACAAAGCAUGUAGAGGUCUGUAAUUUUUAUCAUCAGUGACAGCCCCGAAACCUGAAGGAUCUGGAGAAGGUCUGUAUGGAGGAGUGGGCCAAAAUCCCUGCUGCAGUGUGUGCAAACCUGGUCAAGACCUACAGGAAACGUAUGAUCUCUGUAAUUGCAAACAAAGGUUUCUGUACCAAAUAUUAAGUUCUGCUUUUCUGAUGUAUCAAAUACUUAUGUCAUGCAAUAAAAUGCAAAUUAAUUACUUUAAAAUCAUACAAUGUGAUUUUCUGGAUUACAGACCUCUACAUGCUUUGUAAAUAGGAAAACCUGCAAAAUCGGCAGUGUAUCAAAUACUUGUUCUCCCCACUGUAGGUAGGAGCUACCGAAUUUAAUUUUUGGUGAGUUUGGACAUUUACAAGCAAAUAUGAAUGAGAGACAUUGUGCAAACGAACAAAGUUUUGACGCCUGCUUGUCUGAAGGAAGAACAUUACUGGUAUUUGAAAAACCAUCCCGUGGCUAUUUCCAAAUACCCCUGUAUACGGUAUAUACGGUAUACCACCCAAGCCUAGAGUGAAUGGAAUAAAUCCAGUCUGGCUGACAUUGGUAAUUGUUGAGUGUGACAGAGAGACCACUGAUGGAUUAGACAGUGAUGUCAUCACACCCAAUAUUCUACAGAGACACUAGGCCUAUAUAUGCACUGGCAGACAAUUGAAACGUUUGGUUCCCAUUGAUUUGCCCUUUUCUGUGUCUUUUUAUGAUACAAACUACACAUCUCACUUUAGGUGUCUGUGUCCAGGGUCUCAUUCUAGCUGUCCAUUAGCCUAUUCACAGCCUACAGUGAAGGAAAAAAGUAUUGGAUCCCCUGCUGAUUUUGUACGUUUGCCCACUGACAAAGAAAUGAUCAGUCUAUAAUGUAUUUAAUGGUAGGUUUAUUUGAACAGUGAGAGACAGAAUAACAACAACAAAAUCCAUGUCAAAAAUGUUAUAAAUUGAUUAACAUUUUAAUGAGGGAAAUAAGUAUUUGAUCCCUCUGCAAAAUAUGACUUAGUACUUGAUGGCAAAACCCUUGUUGGCAAUCACAGAGGUCAGAUGUUUCUUGUAGUUGGCCACCAGGUUUGCACACAUCUCAGGAGGGAUUUUGUCCCACUCCUCUUUGCAGAUCUUCUCCAAGUCAUUAAGGUUUUGAGGCUGACGUUUGGCAACUCGAACCUUCAGCUCCCUCCACAGAUUUUCUAUGGGAUUAAGGUCUGGAGACUGGCUAGGCCACUCCAGGACCUUAAUGUGCUUCUUCUUGAGCCACUCCUUUGUUGCCUUGGCUGUGUGUUUUGGUUCAUUGUCAUGCUGGAAUACCCAUCCACGACCCAUUUUCAAUGCCCUGGCUGAGGGAAGGAGGUUCUCACCCAAGAUUUGAUGGUACAUGGCCCCGUCCAUCGUCCCUUUGAUGCGGUGAAGUUGUCCUGUCCCCUUAGCAGAAAAACACCCCUAAAGCAUAAUGUUUCCACAUCCAUGUUUGAUGGUGGGGAUGGUGUUCUUGGGGUCAUAGGCAGCAUUCAUCCUCCUCCAAACACGGCAAGUUGAGUUGAUGCCAAAGAGCUCGAUUUUGGUCUCAUCUGACCACAACACUUUCACCCAGUUCUCCUCUGAAUCAUUCAGAUGUUCAUUGGCAAACUUCAGACGGGCCUGUAUAUGUGCAGGGGGACCUUGCGGGCGCUGCAGGAUUUCAGUCCUUCACAGCGUAGUGUGUUACCAAUUGUUUUCUUGGUGACUAUGGUCUCAGCUGCCUUGAGAUCAUUCACAAGAUCCUCCCGUGUAGUUCUGGGCUGAUUCCUCACCGUUCUCAUGAUCAUUGCAACUCCAUGAGGUGAGAUCUUGCAUGGAGCCCCAGGCUGAGGGAGAUUGACAGUUAUUUUGUGUUUCUUCCAUUUGCGAAUAAUCGCACCAACUGUUGUCACCUUCUCACCAAGUUGCUUGGCGAUGGUCUUGUAGCCCAUUCCAGCCUUGUGUAGGUCUACAAUCUUGUCCCUGACAUCCUUGGAGAGCUCUUUGGUCUUGGCCAUGGUGGAGAGUUUGGAAUCUGAUUGAUUGAUUGCUUUUGUGCACAGGUGUCUUUUAUACAGGUAACAAACUGAGAUUAGGAGCAAUCCCUUUAAGAGUGUGCUCAUAAUCUCAGCUCGUUACCUGUAUAAAAGACACCUGGGAGCCAGAAAUCUUUCUGAUUGAGAGGGGGUCAAAUACGUAUUUCCCUUAUUAAAAUGCAAAUCAAUUUAUAACAUUUUUGACAUGCGUUUUUCUGGAUUUUGUUGUUGUUAUUCUGUCUCUCACUGUUCAAAUGAAACCUACCAUUAAAAUUAUAGACUGAUCAUGUCUUUGUCAGUGGGCAAACGUACAAAAUCAGCAGGGGAUCAAAUACUUUUUUCCCUCACUGUAUAUGUAUUGCCAGAAGCAUGGCUGUUGGUGUCUGUGUAGAGUAAUGACUGGAACCCUUAUGCAUAGCCCAGUUAGUAGCUACACACAUCGCAGGGCCCUGUCAGGUCCCACAACAAACUGUCUCCUAACUCAAAGUGUCAGCACGGCAACAGUUGGAAAUAGUAGCACAAUAAAAACAAUAAAGGGGCUAUAUAGAAGGAGUACCAGUACCGAGUCAAUGUGCAGGGGUAUGAGGUACACGACAUGACCAAAAGUAUGUUCUCGUCGAACUUCUCAUUCCAAAAUCAUGGGCAUUAAUAUGGAGUUGGUCCCCCCUUUGCUGCCUCCACUCUUCUGGGAAGGCUUUCCACUAGAUGUUGGAACAUUGCUGCAGUGACUUGCUUCUAUUCAGCCACAAGCAUUAGUGAGGUCGGGCACUGAUGCCUGGGUCGCAGUCGUCGUUCCAAUUCAUUCCAAAGGCGUUUGAUGGAGUUUGGUCAGGUCUCUGUGCAGGCCAGUCAAGUUCUUCCACACCGAUCUCGACAAACCAUUUCUGUAUGGACCUCGCUUUGUGCAUGGGGGCAUUGUCAUGCUGAAAAAGGAAAGGGCCUUCCCCAAACUUUUGCCACAAAGUUGAAAGCACAGAAUCAUCUAGAAUGUCAUUGUAUGCUGUAGCGUUAAGAUUUCCCUUCACUGGAACUAAGGGGCCUAGCCCGUAUAGUUGGCACUAUGCAUUUGGGCAGGUAGUGUUCUCCUGGCAUCCGCCAAACCCAGAUUUGUCCGUCAGACUGCCAGAUUGUGAAGCGUGAUUCAUCAAUCCAGAGAUCGCGUUUCCACUGCUCCAGAGUCCAAUGGUGGGGAGCUUUACACCACUCCAAUCGAUGCUUGGCUUUGCCCAUGGGGAUCUUAGGCUUGUGAGCAGCUGCUCUGCCAUGGAAACCCAUUUCAUGAAGCUCCCGAUGAACAGUUCUUGUGUUGACGUUGCUUCCAGAGGCAGUUUGGAACUCAGUAGUUAGUGUUGCAACCGAGGACAGAUGAUCUUUAUGCGCUUCAGCAAUCGGCGGUCCCGUUCUGUGAGCUUAUGUGGCCUACCACUUCGCAGCUGAGCCGUUGUUGCUCCUAGACGUUUCCACUUCACAAUAACAGCACUUACAGUUGGCCAGGGCAGCUCUAGCAGGGCAGAAAUUUGACGAACUCACUUGUUGGAAAGGUGGCAUCCUAUGACGGUGCCACGUUGAAAGUCACUGAGCUCUUCAUUAAGGCCAUUCUACUGCCAAUGUUUGUCAAUUGAGAUUGCAUGGAUGUGUGCUCGAUUUUAUACACCUGUCAGCAACGGGUGUGGCUGAAAUAGCCGAAACCACUGAUUUGAAGGGGUGUCCACAUACUUUUGUGUACAUAUAGGGUAGUUGAGGUAAUUGAGGUAAUACAGUAUGUACAUGUGGGUAGGGGUAAAAGUGAUUAGCGCAGGGGUGUCAAACGUCCGGCCCGCGGGCCGGAACAGGCCCGCAAACGGGUUUAAUCCGGCCCGCGAGAUGAUUUUGUAAAGUAUAAAAAUGAGCUGCAAUUUUUCAAUAAAAGAAACUGCUGUUCCAAUUGUGUCCACUGGAUGGCGCAAUAGCAAUUUUGUUAAGCAAGCAAACUGUUUAUACCGGGGCAGAGCAAAUAGGUCAAGCAAGUGCAGCCAGUCCGGAUGAGCUACUUUGUUUUGCCCGCGAUAUUUAUUACGGCUUCUACUUUUAACAUUAUGUGCUUUGGCACCCUCAUUGCCCCAAUAUGUCUCUGUCAAAAAAGAGAAAAGUGGACGCAGAGUGCAGAGUGUUCCAAGAAAAAUGGUCAUCCUUCUAUUUAUUCACGGAUUUGAAUGGGAAAGCUGUAUGUUUGGUGUGUUCACAGCAUGUUGCAGUGCUGAAAGAAUAUAACCUUCGUCGCCACUAUGUGAGUCUUCAUGCCGACAAAUAUGACAACUUUCAAGGACAGCGGAGAAGAGAGAAGGUGAAUGAACUGUUGGCGGGUCUGAAGAAACAGCAGUCUGUGUUUACUCACAGCCGAGACAUCAGUGACGCUGCAGUGAAAGCUAGCUACCUCAUUGCUAAUGAAAUCGCAGUGGCUUCAAAACCAUUUAGUGAGGGUGAAUUUGUAAAAACAUGCAUGAUGAAGGCAGCGGAGAUUGUGUGCCCUGAAAAGCACCAGGUUUUUGCAAAUAUCAGCCUGACAAGAAACACAGUUGCAGACAGAAUUUCCGAUCUUUCAGUGGAUUUGGACAGCCAGUUGAAGCAAAAAGUAAAGUAAUUUAUUGCGUUUUCGGUUGCAAUUGAUGAAAGCACGGACAUUACAGAUGUUGCACAACUGGCCAUUUUCAUCCGCAGAGUUGAUGACACAUUGACCGUCACCGAGGAGUUCGUGGAGUUGGUGCCGAUGACAGAUACAACGACAGCAGCUGAUAUUUUCACUGCACUCGUCAGCGCGCUGGACAGGGUCGGAGUGGACUGGUCCCGCGCUGUCAGCCUGGCUACAGAUGGUGCGCCCUCAAUGAUCGGGAAAAAAGCAGGCGUUGUGACAAAGUUCAGAGAGAAAGUGCAAUCUGCAAAUGGAGGACGUGAUUUUUGGACUUUUCACUGUAUUUUGCACCAGGAGGCUUUGUGUUGCAAGUCAUUAAAGAUGGAUAACGUCAUGAAGGUGGUUAUUAUUUUUAUUAUAUUAUUAUUAUAUUAUUAUAUUAUAUUAUUAUUAUUAUUAUAUUAUCCAAACUGUUAAUUUCAUCCGAUCCAGAAGCCUGAAUCAACGUCAGUUUGACAGCCUUCUCAGAGAGAAAGACCACAUCUAUGGCCUGCCAUACCACACUGAGGUAAGAUGGUUAAGCCGAGGUGCUGUGCUGAGGCGUUUCUUUGAUUUACGAGAAGAAAUUGAACAGUUCAUGGAAGAAAAGGGCAAACCAGUGUUAGAAUUUCAUUCCGCAGAAUGGAUGCAGGACCUUGCAUUUAUGGUGGAUGUUACAGAGCACCUGAAUAACUUGAACAAACAGCUGCAAGGGUGCAACAAAGUUGCCACGCAGUAUUAUGACAGCAUACGUUCUUUCAAGUUGAAGCUGUCAUUGUGGGAGACGCAACUCGCCGGUGGUGAUGCAGCUCACUUCCCCUGUCUGAAAAAUGUGUGCGCGACCCAACAUGUGGCAGACAUGAAGCGGUUCAAAGAUAAAAUAACGGGACUGUUAAGGGAGUUUGAGCAACGCUUUCAGAUUUUUGGUGAACUGGAGAAAGACUUCAACGUUUUUUGUUCGCCAUUAACCGUGAAUCCCUCUGAUCUGCCCGUCAGCAUCCAACUUGAAAUAAUAGACUUGCAGUGUGACUCGGAUUUGAAGGGCAAAUUUGCCGCAGCUGGCUUGGACACAUUUUAUCAGAAUCUCUUGCCAGGUUACCCCAACUUGACAGCCCUCGCUGCAAAACGGUUGUGCAUGUUUGGAACCACAUAUCUUUGUGAGCAAGUUCUCUGUAAUGAGCAUAAAUAAAACAAAGCUGCGCUCAAGGCUCACGCACAAGCACUUGAAUCACAUCCUGAAGUUGGCUGCCACUCAGGAUGUGACGGCUGAUAUUGAUGCGCUGGUGAAAGCUAAAAGAUGCCAGGUAUCAGGAUUCAAAUAAACUAUGCAACCCCACUUAAAGUGCUGCAUGAGACACCCUGAUAUAGUUCUGUGAUCUGUGAUAUACUUCUGUGAAUCACUGAGGCAUUGUGUGUUUGUGUGUUGUUUGUCCUCAGAAUUUCAAAUAGCUUGAGGUGUUUUAUGAUUAAUAGUGAUGUUGUGCUUUUGGACACUGUCCUCAGGCUCCAGCUUUAUGUUUAUUUGUUUUUUAUGUUGAUGUGCUAUUGUUUUUAAUUGAUUUUAUUGUAUUUGUAUAUUUCACCUAUUCUUGACUCUGUGGUUCUUGCACUUGUUUGGGGAACAGGAUUUCAUUAUUUGUAUUUACAUUUCUGCCUGAGAUAUGACACCCUGAUAUAGUUCUGUGAUCUGUGAAACAGUUCUGUGAAUCACUGAGGCAUUGUGUGUUUGUGUGUUCUUUUUCUUUAGAAUUUUCAAAUAAACUUGAGGUGUUUUAUGAUUAAUAGUGAUGUUGUGCUUGUACUAUUUUGGACACACUGUCCUCAGGCUCCAGCUUUAUGUUUUAUGUUGAUAGUAUUAAAACAAAGAAAACAAUCUGAAGUUGUUGUUUUUAAGUUAUAUAUACCAUGAUUUUACCGGUCCGGCCCACUUGGGAAUAGAUUUUCCUCCAUGUGGCCCCUGAGCUAAAAUGAGUUUGACACCCCUGGAUUAGCCAAUCAGGAUAUAAUGUAUAAUAAACAGAGUAACAACAGCAUGUGUGCGUGUGUUUUUGUGUGUGUGAGCAUAUGUAUUGUGUGUGUGUGUGUGUGUGUUGGAGUGUCAGUGUAGUAUGUGUGAGUGUGUGGGUAGAGUCUAGUGAUUGUGCAUAGAGCCAGUGCAAGGGAGUCAUCUAAAUGUGCCCACUCUUUUGACAUUUGAACCCUCUCUGGUCUAAAUUCCAAAGCCGUAAAUAUGCAGGACAUUUCAGUCAAACUAGUUUAUACAAAGGAUAUGUGAUGACUAGAAGUCUAAGGAGGAUGUUUGACUCUGACUCCAAAAUAGUUGUUUUCCUGAAGUGGAUGUUUUUUCAGUUGACUAAUGUAUUGGAGGUGACCAUUUGUUGAGAACACCCUCUCACAAAAAAAAAAAUGCAGGCUUUUUAUCGGCUUUUCAUCUCAACAUGUACUUUUGAAUCUUUGGCCCUUGUAGAAGUAUGUUGCCUAUGAAAGUCUGAGCCAAACUGCUUUAAACCAAGUAGGAUUUAAACCACAUGCCACUUCCUAUCAGUGACUGUUGUGUCUCUAUGGGCGACAGUGGAUGGGGGUUAUGACAGUUAGUGACACACGUCACACUGUGUGACCUGACAAUGGCUGACUGGAAGCUGCUCUUUGUCACUGCAGCUCUCCCUGGGGCAGGGAGCUAAAGCCACUCAGCUCUUCUAAUUGUCACUGCUGGCCAUUUGACAGAAAGACUCCUGACUCAACACAUAGGAUAACACACACACACACACACAUUGGGGCUCUGUCUCUGCGUGGGGACUCUGAUGGCUGUGUCAGCCUGAGGCACAUACCUCGUCACCUGAACCCCUGACCUUUCACACACAGAUGUUUUUGUUUAGGGUGAAGUACACCCCUGACUCCUGACUCCCCAAGCUUCUGACCUAUUGACCUAUGACUCCUACUCUCAGAAUCCUGGGGCUUAGACUUAUUCAAUGGGGCGCUAGUUUAGAAGGUCGCAGAUAGAAAGAUUCCACACGACCCCCCCCAUGUGCCUCAUGACAGAGGUUUAUGUAUUUUCAUCAUGUAAUUCUAUUAUAUUUUUCACAUUUAUUUGGCAGUGUGAUUUAUGCAUACAGAAACACAGGAAUUAUUUUCAUAACGUUAAACCUUUGUGAACAAGUCCAUAGUAGUUGUAGGGGACCGCUUAUAGUAGUUUUAGUGCUUGAUUAAUGUCCCAUUGUAUAAAGCACUAGGCAGACCCCUCUUUGUCUGUCUUUGUUUCAUUUUCACGUUCAACCUCCGACACAGGCCAGGAAAACAUACCGAUCUGCUAAGGUCAUUCUAGGAAGCAUAGUAUAACACACACACGCUCAAGCCAGAUCUCUCACACACACACACAUGCAUACACACACCUCUUUUCUGGAAAGCGGAUACCUUUCUCUCUUUCCCAGCCUCUGAGCUCCAUGUAGACAAUCCCCAGCAAAGCCCUUAGGCCUGACCUCACACACAAUGGUGCAGUGUGUGUGCGUGUGCGCCAGAGACAACAAUCUGGCAACCCAGCAGAGAAUUGCCUCUGGAUUUAUUCCCAUUCCAAAUUACACAUGACUGUGUAGGAAGAUACCUUUGUUCAAAUGCCAUUCUCCACACUUCAGCAUUGAAUGGCGUCAUUGUUAUGGGUUUUGAAUGGGGGAUUUUUACAGUAACAUGAUUCAAUCUCUAAAAUGUGAUGUCAGUUAGGAAAUGUUGGCCGUUUUGUAGAUUGCUUUCCUUUCAAAAUUCCCAAAUAACAGAAUAGGUUGCCUCUCAGAUAUUAAGGCAUUAGCUCAGUGGGAUAAAAAGGUAUUGGGUUAAUGUGUGUGUGUGUGUGUGUGUUUUGUCAGUGUGAGCAGUCCUAUCUGACGCGGGAGCAUGAGGACGUUCAGGAGCGGACCACCCUACGAUACGAGGAGAGGAUCACAGAGCUGCACAGCAUCAUCGCUGAGCUCAACAAGAAGAUAGACCUGCUACAGGGCUCUACCAUCAGGUGGGUGGUACACACAAAUGCACACUAACAUACGCACGCACAUGCACUCACAUACAUACGCACAUAGGCAGGUAUGCAGACUAGGGCUGGGCAUAUGGCCUAAAAAUCAUAUCUUUUUUUGGGCAAUAAUCACUGAUCUGGCUUUCAAGUCUGUCAAUGAAAAUGCCCUUUUUUGUUACAAAUUCAACCAGAACCAUGCAUAAUGCACAUUCACUAAUAAUGACUAAGUUCUUGUAGCAGGCAUUAGGCUAUAGAAAAUUAACACGGGUCUCAUCAUCAAUCUCUCAAGCCCACGUGCUAGUAAUUAGCCAGCUAAUCUUUAUAUUUCAAGUUUAGCCAACUUGGAUCUAUUUGCUAGCGAACAAGGUUGAACAGUUUAAUUGUUAUGAACACCCUUCUGUCUAUCUCCAACUGUUUGAAAAGUGUGUUAGCCUGUCCACUUUGUUCAGAUGUUGAAAUCAAGUGGCCUACCUUAUUUCUCAGAAUGAGAACGAGUUGCCAAUUCCUUAUAUAAUUGUGUUUUAUGCUUAUUGCACAUUUAUAAAACACAGACUAGACAGCUAGUAUAAAAAUGCUGCUAGCGGUACGUGGUAUCCCAAUGCCGCACACGACAAACUGAGCAUUCAUUUUCCAGAAUCAAUGUUCAUUGAUACUCCUGUUUCAGUAGUGUCUGCUCUGCGCGCAAUUUGAGUAGUUGAGACAUAAAAAGGGUAUCGUUAGAAAAGUUAACUUCUCCUCUAUUACAGUAAAAUAAUGUCUCAAUGUGUUUUGGUGUCCAUAUUUGACCAAACCUCAAACACAAAUAGCGAGUUGAAACCGCUUGUCAGACAGGAAGAUGUGAUCUCUCUACUUUGUUAACAUGAGAAGCAGGGGGGGAGGGGCUUGGUGUGUGUGUGUAAACCAUAGAGGAAGAGGUGAAGCACUAAGAUCUGUCCAAAAUAAGGCCAAUGCGUUUCUAUAGGCUUAUUUUGGACCUAAGCUUGUCGCCUACCUUCCCGCCUUUGGGACAACGACUCCCAUUGUUUGGGCGGAGACGAGCAUCUCGUCAAUAUACACGGAUCGCUGGUGUAAAUGGGAAGGUGCACACAGCACAGAUGAGCGAAGGAGACGAGACCAAAAAUACAUGAGAACAAGCGGACAUAAACACUCAUAAACAUUUAAAAUAACAAAACCUUGAAUCUUGCGAUACAGGCAUUUGGAAUAUCGCGCAAAAACAUACAUUCAAAUUAAUCGAAAUAAAUCAAUAUAUCGCCCAGCCCUAAUGCAGACAGACACAUACAUACAUACCACCUCCACCCUCAAUUCCCUUAGGUACCCUAAUUGUGCCUCCUUUUGAUUGGAAUCCCUUUUUAGGACCCUUUCGUAUAACUCUCUUCCUCCAUUGUUUACUUACUGUAGUGAAAUCAAAAUGGCAGCAUUUGCGUCAGAGGCCUCCUAAGUGUUUGUUUUCCUAGCUCAAGUGCCCUCUCCAGCCCUCUCCACAGGUGCUCAGCACAUCGACGUGCACCGGAACCAACUUCUCUGACAUAACAGGCAUGGUUUUGAGUGCUAAGCAGGGACAUGAACCAAACAAUUCAUUAGAAUGAACUCAAGCAUGGCAGCCCCCCAAAAUUCCUCAAUUUCCAAACUGUGUACUGGUUUUUGAUUAGGUUCAUUAUAAAGUCUUAAGAAUUUUGGAAAAGGGAAAUUCUCCAAAUCUGUUUUCUUUCAUGCUCUGGUUAUUUGUGUGUGUAUGUGUUCGCAUAAACUGUGCCAUGCCAAUUCAGUGAAUGUUGCGUCAUGUUGUCAGAACAGCACGUAACUAUGUGAGUCAGUACUCUCUAUUUGCCGACCUUGUGAGAACUCUGUGAUGUUAAUUUACUGCCUGGAUAUUUAUUUCACAGAUGUACAAAAAAGAUUGUAUCAAACCAAUGAAAUGCAUUCAAACGACCCUAUAAUUCAGCGCUACUGCCAAGACUUGACAUAUCAAUGUUUGGUAGCAGCAGUGCAGUACUACUUUCACAAAUAGAGUUGAUUAUUUCAACAUCACAUACAUACAGAAUAUUCACAUAGGCCUAUAUGCUUGUGCAUAUAUUUAAAUACUAAUGUCAGAGAAGUUCAGACGGGUUCUCAUCUGAAGCACAUACAUAUGCGCGCACACACACACACACACACACACACACACACACACACACACACACACACACACACACACACACACACACACACACACACAUACACAUACACAUACGUACAGUGGGGGGGGGGGGAGUAUUUAGUCAGCCAACAAUUGUGCAAGUUCUCCCACUUAAAAAGAUGAGAGAGGCCUGUAAUUUUCAUCAUAGGUACACGUCAACUAUGACAGACAAAUUGAGAUUUUUUUCUCCAGAAAAUCACAUUGUAGGAUUUUUAAUGAAUUUAUUUGCAAAUUAUAGUGGAAAAUAAGUAUUUGGUCACCUACAAACAAGCAAGAUUUCUGGCUCUCACAGACCUGUAACUUCUUCUUUAAGAGGCUCCUCUGUCCUCCACUCGUUACCUGUAUUAAUGGCACCUGUUUGAACUUGUUAUCAGUAUAAAAGACACCUGUACACAACCUCAAACAGUCACACUCCAAACUCCACUAUGGCCAAGACCAAAGAGCUGUCAAAGGACACCAGAAACAAAAUUGUAGACCUGCACCAGGCUGGGAAGACUGAAUCUGCAAUAGGUAAGCAGCUUGGUUUGAAGAAAUCAACUGUGGGAGCAAUUAUUAGGAAAUGGAAGACAUACAAGACCACUGAUAAUCUCCCUCGAUCUGGGGCUCCACGCAAGAUCUCACCCCGUGGGGUCAAAAUGAUCACAAGAACGGUGAGCAAACAUCCCAGAACCACAUGGGGGGACCUAGUGAAUGACCUGCAGAGAGCUGGGACCAAAGUAACAAAGCCUACCAUCAGUAACACACUACGCCGCCAGGGACUCAAAUCCUGCAGUGCCAGACGUGUCCCCCUGCUUAAGCCAGUACAUGUCCAGGCCCGUCUGAAGUUUGCUAGAGUGCAUUUGGAUGAUCCAGAAGAGGAUUGGGAGAAUGUCAUAUGGUCAGAUGAAACCAAAAUAGAACUUUUUGGUAAAAACUCAACUCGUCGUGUUUGGAGGACAAAGAAUGCUGAGUUGCAUCCAAAGAACACCAUACCUACUGUGAAGCAUGGGGGUGGAAACAUCAUGCUUUGGGGCUGUUUUUCUGCAAAGGGACCAGGACGACUGAUCCGUGUAAAGGAAAGAAUGAAUGGGGCCAUGUAUCGUGAGAUUUUGAGUGAAAACCUCCUUCCAUCAGCAAGGGCAUUGAAGAUGAAACGUGGCUGGGUCUUUCAGCAUGACAAUGAUCCCAAACACACCGCCCGGGCAACGAAGGAGUGGCUUCGUAAGAAGCAUUUCAAGGUCCUGGAGUGGCCUAGCCAGUCUCCAGAUCUCAACCCCAUAGAAAAUCUUUGGAGGGAGUUGAAAGUCCGUGUUGCCCAGCGACAGCCCCAAAACAUCACUGCUCUAGAGGAGAUCUGCAUGGAGGAAUGGGCCAAAAUACCAGCAACAGUGUGUGAAAACCUUGUGAAGACUUACAGAAAACGUUUGACCUGUGUCAUUGCCAACAAAGGGUAUAUAACAAAGUAUUGAGAAACUUUUGUUAUUGACCAAAUACUUAUUUUCCACCAUAAUUUGCAAAUAAAUUCAUAAAAAAUCCUACAAUGUGAUUUUCUGGAAUUUUUUUCUCAUUUUGUCUGUCAUAGUUGAUGUGUACAUAUGAUGAAAAUUACAGGCCUCUCUCAUCUUUUUAAGUUGGAGAACUUGCACAAUUGGUGGCUGACUAAAUACUUUUUUCCCCCACUGUACAUACCCCUUGACUUCUUCUACAUUUUGUUGUGUUUCAGCCUGAAUUCAAAAUUGAUUAAAUAUAUACAGUACCAGUCAAAAGUUUGGACACGCCUACUCAUUCAAGUGUUUUUCUUUAUUUUUAAUAUUUUCUACAUUGUAGAAUAAUAGUGAAGACCUCAAAACUAUGAAAUAACACAUAUGGAAUCAUGUAGGAAUCAAAAUACAUUUUAUAUUUGAGAUUCUUCAAAAUAGCCACCUUUUGCCCUGAUGACAGCUUUGCACACUCUUGGCUUCACCUGGAAUGCUUUUCCAACAGUCUUGAAGGAAUUCCCACAUAUGCUGAGCACUUGUUGGCAGCUUUUCCUUCACUCUGCGUUCCAACUCAUCCCAAACCAUCUCAAUUGGGUUGAGGUCGGGUGAUUGUGGAGGCCAGGUCAUCUGAUGCAGCACUCCAUCACACUCCUUCUUGGUCAAAUAGCCCGUACACAGCCUGGAGGUGUGUUGGGUCAUUGUCCUGUUGAAAAACGAAUGAUAGUCCCACUAAGCGCAAACCAGAUGGGAUGGUGUAUCGCUGCAGAAUGUUUUGGUAGCCAUGCUGGUUAAGUGUGCCUUGAAUUCUAAAUAAAUCACAGACAGUGUCUCCAGCAAAGCACCAUCACACCUCCUACUCCAUGCUUCACGGUGGGAACCACACAUGCAGAGAUCAUCCGUUCACCUACUCUGCCUCUCACAAAGACACAGCGGUUGGAACCAAAAAUCUCACAUUUGGACUCAUCAGACCAAAGGACAAAUUUCCACUGGUCUAAUGUCCAUUGCUCGUGUUUCUUGGCCCAAGCUAGUCUCUUCUUCUUAUUGGUGUACUUUAGUAGUGAUUUCUUUGCAGCAAUUCGACCAUGAAGGCCUGAUUCACACAGUCUCCUCUGAACAGUUGAUGUUGAGAUGUGUCUGUAACUUGAACUCUGUGAAGCAUUUAUUUGGGCUGCAAUCUGAGGUGCAGUUAACUCUAAUAAACGUAUCCUCUGCAGAAGAGGUAACUCUGGGUCUUCCAUUCCUGUGGCGGUCCUCAUGAGAGCCAGUUUCAUCAUAGCGCUUGAUGGUUUUUGCGACUGCACUUGAAGAAAUGUUGAAAGUUGUUGAAAUGUUCCGUAUUGACUGACCUUCAUGUCUUAAAGUAAUGAUGGACUGUCGUUUCUCUUUGCUUAUUUGAGCUGUUCUUGCCAUAAUAUGGACUUGGUCUUUUACCAAAUAGGGCUAUCUUCUGUAUACCAAUCCUACCUUGUCACAACACAACUGAUUGGCUCAAAUGCAUUAAGAAGGAAAAAAAUUCCACAAAUUAACUUUUAACAAGGCACACCUGUUAAUUGAAAUGCAUUCCAGGUGAGUGUGCAAAGCUGUAAUCAAGGCAAAGGGUGUCUACUUUGAAGAAUCUAAAAUAUAAUAUAUAUUUUGAUUUGUUUAACACUUUGUUGGUUACUACAUGAUUCCAUAUGUGUUAUUUCAUAGUUUUAAUGUCUUCACUAUUAUUCUACAAUGUAGAAAAUAGUAAAAAAUUACCCUGGAAUGAGUAGGUGUGUCCAAACUGAAUAUAUAUAUUUUUGUAACCAUCUACAGAUAAUACCCCAUAAUGACAAAGUGAAAACAUGUUUUUAAUUGAUUGAAAAUAAAAUACAGAAAUAUCUAUUUUUACAUAAGUAUUCACACCCCUGAGUCAAUACUUUGUAGAAGCACCUUUGGCAGCGAUUACAGCUGUGAGUCUUUCUGGGUAAGUCUCUAAAUGCUGUCCACACCAGGAUUGCCAAUUAUUAUUUUCAAAAUGAUUUAAGUACUGUCAAAUUGGUUGUUGAUCAUUGCUAUACAAUCAUUUUCUCAGGUCUUGCCAUAGAUGGAAGUCAAAACUGUAACUCGGCCACUCAGGAACGUAAGCAACUCCAAUGUAGAUUUGGCCUUGUGUUUUAGGUUAUUGUCCUGCUGAAUGGUGAAUUCAUCUCCCAGUUUCUGGUGGAAAGCAGACUGAACCAGAUUUUCCUCUAGGAUUUAGCCUGUGCUUAGCUCCAUUCCGUUUCUUUUUUUAUCCUGAAAAACUCCCCAGUCCUUUAAUGAUUACAAGCAUACCCAUAACAUGAUGCAGCCACCACUAUGCUUGAAAAUAUGGAGAGUGGUACUCAAUAGUGUGUUGUAUUGGAUUUGCCCCAAACAUAAAACUUUGUAUUCAGGACAAAAAGUGAAUUGCUUUGCCACAUUUUUUGCUGUAUUACUUUAUUGCCUUGUUUAAAACAGGAUGCAUGUUUUGGAAUAUUUUUAUUCUGUGCCGGCUUCCUUGUUUUCACUAUGUCGAUUAGGUUAGUAUUGUGGAGUAAGUACAAUGUUGUUGAUCCAUCCUCCGUUUUCUCCUAUCACAGCCAUUAAACUUUGUUACUGUUCUAAAGUCACCAUUGGCCUCAUGGUGAAAUGCCUGAGCGGUUUCCUUCCUCUCCGGCAACUGAAUUAGGAAGGAUGCCUGUAUCUUUGUAGUGACUGGCUGUAUUGAUACACCAUCCAAAGUGUAAUUAAUAACUUCAACAUGCUCAAAGGGACAUUCAAUGUCUGCUUUUGAAUUUACCAAUAGGUGCCCUUCUUAGCGAGGUAUUGAAAAGGCUCCCUGGUCUUUGUAGUCGAAUCUGUGUUUGAAAUUCACUGCUCAACUGAGGAACCUAACAGAUAAUUGUAUGUGUGGGGUAUAGAGAUGAGGUAGUCAUUCAAAAAUAAUUUUAAACACUAUUAUUGCACACAGAGUGAGUCCAUGCAACUUAUUCUAUGACUUGUUAACUACAUUUUUACUCCUGAACUUAUUAAGGCUUGCCAUAACAAAGGGGUUGAAUACUUAUUGACUCAAGACAUUUCAGCUUUUUCAGAAUGUUUUGUUAAUUUGUAAAUAUUUCUAAAAACAUAAUUCUACUAUUCUUCUGGGUUAUUGUGUGUAGGCCAGUGACAAUCUCAAUUUAAUCCAUUUUAAAUUCAGGCUAUAACACAACAAAAUGUGGAAAAAGUCAAGGGGUCUGAAUACUUUCUGACGGCACUGUAUACGUGCCGUAAAGGGGCAAUCAGCUUGCAUUUCAUGUGGAAAGUGUGCAUAUUUGAAAAGGACAAAUUCUUACCACUGGCAUAAAUGAAAGGUAUAUAUUUCCAUGUUUUAUAAGGCAUAGCUAAUCACAUGAAAUGGCUGUAUAUUGCCGUUUUACAGGUUAACUAAUGCUAAGCCUACAGUAUAUAGGCUAGAUCUCAGACGGAUCAAAGGGCCAUCUAUAGGUUCUCUCAGGUCAUUUCUUCCAGAAAUGAACCAUGUUAACUAUAUUCAAAGCUUUUAGGAUUAACAUGAUGCAUGGUUACUGUGUCUGCUAUUAUUUGAUUAAUAGCUCAUACCCUACAAAACAAACAGAUCUGUCAUUCCCACUGCUAGAUUCUGUACACCAUCAUCUGUCCUAUGGCCAUGGGGGGUGGUCAUGAAAAUGACAUUGAAGUGAAAAACUGAAUCGUGUAGGAAUUCCUUCUUUUGAAAAUAUGUGUGAGUCAUACCCACUUUGCUGCCAGAUCUGUCGUUUGCCAUGACAGCGUUAUCCAAGCACAAACAGAUCUGGCAACAAGGCUACUGUCAUAUCUGUUUGACCGAACUCAGACAUAACUUUGUGACCCUCUGCCCCCCAGGGAGGAGGAUGAGUUUUCAGAGCUGCGUUCAGAGCUCAGCCACAGCCAGCAGGAGGUCAACGAGGACGGACACAGCCUGGACCAGGACGGGGCGUCCGUCUCACUGCCUGAAAACCACUCCACCCUGGUGACAGCCGACAUGGGUAAGGAAGGACCCAAUGUGCCUGUCCUGCUUGACUGUAUAUCAAGUUAAGCUAAACCCAUGUACAAUCGACUCCUGAUAACAGCACGUUAGUUAAGUGCAAACUCUGUUUAAGAGCAGUGAAGUUCACCCAGACCCGAUUGCAUUCUUUUAACUUGCUCCAAAUAUCUUCAUACUCCGGUUUAGAGGACACAUUCACAACAGUCACAAGCCAUUGCAUUGAUCAGGAGUUGGUUCUACACAACCAGUAGAAUGAAUGCACACUAUAUAUACAAAAGUAUGUGGACACCCCUUCAAAUUAGUGGAUUCUGCUAUUUCAGCCACACCCGUUGCUGACAGGUGUAUAAAAUCGAGCACACAGCCAUGCAAUGCAAUCUCCAUAGACAAACAUUGGCAGUAGAAUGGCCUUACUGAAGAGCUCAGUGACUUUCAACGUGGCACCAUCAUAGGAUGCCACCUUUCCAACAAGUGAGUUUGUCAAAUUUCUGCCCUGCUAGAGCUGCCCCGGUCAACUAUAAGUGCUGUUAUUGUGAAGUGGAAACAUCUAGGAGCAACAAUGGCUCAGCUGCGAAGUGGUAGGCCACACAAGCUCACAGAACGGGACCGCCAAGUGCUGAAGCGCCUAGCACGUAAAAAUUGUCUGUCCUCGGUUGCAACACUCACUACCGAGUUCCAAACUGCCUCUGGAAGCAACGUCAGCACAAGAUCUGUUCGUUGGAAGCUUCACGAAAUGGGUUUCCAUGGCCGAGCAGCCGCACACAAGCCUAAGAUCACCAUGCACAAUGCCAAGCGUCGGCUGGAAUGAUAUAAAGCUCGCCGCCAUUGGACUCUGGAGCAGUGGGAACGUGUUCUCUGGAUUGAUGAAUCACGCUUCACCAUCUGGCAGUCCGACGGACGAAUCUGGGUUUGGCAGAUGCCAGGAGAACGCUACCUGUCCGAAUGCAUAGUGCCAACUGUAAAGUUUGGUAGAGGAGGAAUAAUGGUCUGGGGCUGUUUUUCAUGGUUCGGGCUAGCCUCCUUUUUUCCAGUGAAGGGAAAUCUUAAUGCUACAGCAUACAAUUACAUUCUAGAUGAUUCUCUGCUUUCAACUUUGUGGCAACAGUUUGGGGAAGGCCCUUCUCUGUUUCAGCAUGACACUGCCUCCGUGCACAAAGCGAAGUCCAUACAGAAAUGGUUUGCGAGAUCGGUGUGGAAGAACUUGAUUGGCCUGCACAGAGCCCUGACCUCAACCCCAUCGAACACCUUUGGGAUGAGUUGGAACGCCGACUGCGAGCCAGGCCUAAUCUCCAAACAUCAGUGCCCGACCUCACUAAUGCGCUUGUGGCUGAAUGAAAGCAAGUCCCUGCAGCAAUGUUCCAACAUCUAGUGGAAUGCUUUCCCAGAAGAGUGGAGGCUGUUAUAGCAGCAAAUGGGUGACCAACUCCAUAUUAAGCUGCCAGAGCUCGUGGGGACAUUGCUUACAUCCGCUAUGACAGGCUCAUUGUCCACCCUCCCUCCCAGAAGCCUGGAAGGGAUGAGAGAGCCAAGCCUAUGGGUUCGUAGCUUCAACCCCGCAGCACACACACGCACCAAUUGAUUAAUGGACUGCUGAAUGUAUAUUUCUUUGCUUUGUUUGCUCUUUUCAGUAUUAUGUUUAUCUCUGAUAAGCUACCCAGGAAAUUGCUGAAAAUAGCCCAUGUUAAUAUAUGUAGCCUUAGAAAUAAGGUUCAUGAAAACAAUAACUUGCUAACGUCAGAUAACAUUCAUAUAUUAGCCAUUUCUGAGACUCACUUAGAUAAUUCAUUUGAUGAUACAGCAGUAGCAAUACAAUAAAUAACAUCUAUAGAAGAGACAGAAAUGCUUAUGGGGGAGGUGUUGCUGUAUAUAUUCAGAGUCAUAUCCCUGUAAUGCUUAGAGAAGAUCUUAUGUCAAGUGUUAUUGAAGUGUUGUGAUUGCAGGUUCACUUGCCACAUCUAAAGCAUUUUCUUUUGGGGUGUUACUAUAGGCCACCAAGUGCAAACAGUCAGUAUCUAAAUAAUAUGUAUGAAAUGCUUGAUAGUGUAUGUGAUGUAAACAGAGAGGUCUACUUUCUUGGGGACCUGAAUAUUGACUGGUUUUCAUCAAGCUGUCCGCUCAAGAGGAAGCUUCUUACUUUAACCAGUGCCUGUAAUCUGGUUCAGGUUAUUAAUCAACCUACCAGGGUGUUUACAAAAACUACAGGAACAAGAUCAUCCACUUAUAUUGAUCACAUUUUUACUAAUACUGUAGAACUUUGUUCUAAAGCUGUAUCCGUACCCAUUGGAUACAGUGAUCACAAUAUAGUGGCUAUAUCCAGGAAAGCCGAAGUUCCAACAGCUGGGCCUAAAAUAGUGUAUAAGAGAUCAUACAAAAGAUUUUGCUGUGACUCAUAUGUGGAUGAUGUAAAUAAUAUUUGUUGGUCUGAUGUGAUUAAUAAGGAGCAUCCAGACGAAUUGAUGAAAUUGCUUCUUCCAAUUAUUGAUAAACAUGCACCUGUUAGGAAACUGACUGUUAGAACUGUUAAUGCUCCAUGGAUUGAUGAGGAAUUGAAAAACUGUAUGGUUGAAAGAGAUGGGGCAAAAGGAGUGGCUAAUAAGUCUGGCUGCACAUCUGACUGGCUGACUUACUGCAAAUUUGAGAAAUUAUGUGACUAAACUCAACAAAAAAUAAGAAGAAAACUGUAUUAUGAAGCCAAGAUCAAUUAUAUAAAGAAUGAUGGAAACAAAACUUUGGAGUACUUUAAAUGAAAUUAUGGGCAGAAAGACAAAAUCAAAUCCAUCUUUCAUCGAAUCAGAUGGCUAUUUUAAUGAUUACUUCAUUAGCAAAGUGGGCAAACUUAGGCAAGAAAUGCCAACAAUGAACAGUGAGCCUGCAUAAAACAACAAAUAAUUAAAGAAAAUCAUUGCAAGUUUGAAUUUUGUAAAGUUAGUGUUCAUUGAUUAUCGAUCAAUAAUGACAAACCUCCUGGCAUUGACAAUUUAGAUGGAAAGCUACUGAGAAUGGUAGCUGACUCUAUAGACACUCCAAUCUGUCAUAUCUUUAAUCUGAGCCUAGAGGAAAGUCUUUGUCCUCAGGCCUGGAGGGAAGCCAAAGGAAUUCCGCUACCCAAGAAUGGUAAAGCGGCCUUUACUGGUUCUAACAGCAGACCUAUAAGCUUGCUCCCAGCUCUUAGCAAACUGUUGGAAAAAAUGGUGUUUGACCAAAUACAAUGCUAUUUUUCUGUAAACAAAUUAACAACAGACUUUCAGCAUGCUUAUAGGGAAGGGCUCUCAACAUGUACUGCACUGACCCAAAUGACUGAUGAUUGGUUGAAAGAAAUUGAUAAUAAGAUGAUUGUGGGAGCUGUACUGUUAGAUUUCAGUUCAACCUUUGAUAUUAUUGACCAUAACCUGUUGUUGAAAAAACAUAUGUUAUGGCUUUUCAACCUCUGCCAUAUCGUGGAUUCAGAGCUAUCUGUCUAAUAGAACUCAAAGGAUUUAUACUUAAUGGAAGCUUCACUAAUGUCGAACAUGUAAAGUGUGGUAUACCACAGGGCAGCUCUCUAGGCCCUCUUCUCAUUUCUAUUUUUUACCAAUGACCUGCCACUGGCAUUAACCAAAGCAUGUGUGUCCAUGUAUGCUGAUGAUUCAACACUAUACGCAUCAGCAACCACAGCUAAUGAAGUCACUGAAACCCUUAACAAAGAGUUGCAGUCUGGUAAUGAAUGGUGUGGCUAUUGAACAAGUUGAGGAGACUAAAUUACUUGGCGUUACCUUAGAUUGUAAAUGAUCAUGGUCAAAACAUAAAGAGAUGCUCUGCUUUUUUGACACCACACUCCAAAAAGCAAGUUCUGCAGGCUCUAGUUUUGUCUAAUCUUGAUUAGUGUCAAGUCGUGUGGUCCAGUGCUGCAAGGAAAGACCUAGUUAAGCUGCAGCUGGCCCAAAACAGAGCGGCACGUCUUGCUCUUCAUUGUAAUCUGAGGGCUGAUAUAAAUACUAAGCAUGCCAGUCUCUCUUGGCUAAGUUUUGAGGAGAGACUGACUGAAUCACUUCUUCUUUUUAUAAGAAACAUUGUGUUGAAAAUCCCAAAUUGUUUGCAUAGUCAACUUACACACAGCUCUGACACACACACUUACUCCACCAGACAUGCCACCAGGGGUCUUUUCACAGCCCCCAAAUCCAGAACAAAUUCAAGAAAGCAUACAGUAUUAUAUAGAGCCAUAAUUGCAUGGAACUCCGUUCCAUCUCAUAUUGCUCAAAUAAACAGUAAACCUGAUUUCAAAAAAAUAAAUAGAGCAAUACCUCACGGCACAACGCCUCUCUCCUAUUUGACCUAGAUAGUUUGUGUGUAUAUUUUGAUAUGUAGGCUACGUGUGCCUUUAAAAAAUGUUUUAUGUAGUUUUGUCCUUGAGCUGUUCUUGUCUAUUAAUGUUCAGAAUUAUUUCAUGUUUUGUGUGUACCCCAGGAAGAGUAGCUGCUGCUUUUGCAACAGCUAAUGGGGAUCCUAAUCAAAUACCAAAUGCCCAUAAUUUUGGAAUGAGAUGUUCGACGAGUAGGUGUCCACAUACUCUUGGUCAUGUAGUGUUUAUGCUCUCACUCUACUCAUCUUUGUCACUAAUAACUGCUUUGAUCAGUAGUUCAUUUUAAUCAUCUCUCCCAUAGAGAGACUCGGUUCCCUAUCUGUGCAUGUCCUCCCUUGAUGGAUGGCCUGUUACAAACCAAUGGCUAUAGGGUUGAUGGCACCCAAUAAACAAUUAUAGGCUUCUACUGGAGAUAGAAUGAGGAGCAGUUAUGUGCGUGUGUAGGUGUGUGUACGUAUGUGUCUCUGACAGAGUGAGUGUGUGUCUGUGUGUGCAUGUGUGUGUUUGUGCACUCUCCCACAAUGGAAAAUUGAUUCAGCACUCUGCUGAAUCAAUUUUCCAUUGUGGGAGAGUGCACAAACACACUGUUGGGUCUGUAACAGAAUCAUUUUGCCCAAACAACACUGCACGGCAGUUCCUUCAAGAUGCUAUUAAUACUCCCCUCUAUCAGUGGUGCUGAGAGCACCCAGCAAUCACUUGUCAAUGGUAAAGAGCUUAAUCGGUUUCUCUUAUUCAUUAUCCUCAACGUUUAGCAGAGAGCGAGAAUAUAUAUAUUUUUCAAUCUUCACAGUCCUCUGUCUCUGGCUGUAGCCGGGGCAAUCUUAUCCCCACACAAACAGGAUUUCACCAGUCAGGAAAUUGUUUAGGAAACAAAUUCAAGUUUUGUUAAUCAUCACAUUCCUUCGCACAAUACUAAUUGCAUUUGCAUUGUUGGCAAAACCUGCACUUAAGGGGACACUUGGGGAAAUACAUCUGCCACUCUCCACAUUUUAAUUUCCCACACAAUGUACCCAGGCAAUGUUUGUCUAGGACUGGGACAAUAAUCAUGAUCUUAUUUUGGAUGCAAUAUGGCAGCAGAUGCUAACCAUCGCAUUGCAUGUCUUUGCUGCUUUGCAGGGAUUGUAUUAAUAUGCUAAUUUAAAUGAGUUUCCGAUGAGCGAAUUUGAUUGCCUCUGGAGAUAUGAAGUUGUAUCGCUUGAGAUAAAGAAGUUGACACAGUGAAUAAAUCAAAUCAAAUCAAAUGUUAUUGGCCACAUGCGCCGAAUACAACAGGUGCAGGCAUUACAGUGAAAUGCUUACUUACAGCCUUUAACCAACAGUGCAUUUAUUUGUAAUAAAAAAGUAGAAUUAAACAACAAAGUGUUGAGAAAAAAAGAGCAGAAGUAAAAUAAAAUAACAGUAGGGAGGCUAUAUAUACAGGGGGGUACCGGUGCAGAGUCAAUGUGUGGGGGCACCGGCUAGUGUGCCACUAGAGAUCCUGGUUCGAGUCCAGGCUCUGUCGCAGCCGGCCGCGACCGGGAGACCCAUGGGCGGCGCACAAUUGGUCCAGCGUUGUCCAAGGUAGGGGAGGGUUUGGCCGGCAGGGAUGUGGGUUUGUUUCCCACGGGGGGCCAGUAUAAAAAAAAAAAAAAAAACACUAAAAAACAUGUAUGUAUUCACUAACUGUAAGUCGCUCUGGAUAAGACUAAAAUGUAAAAAUGUAAAAUUAUACCACCGCCACCAGCCUGUACCGUUGACACCAGGCAGGAUGGGUCCCUGGACUCAUGCUGCUUACGCCAAAUGCAAAUAGUCCGGGUAGCCAUGAUUAGCUGUUCAGGAGUCUUAUGGCUUGGGGGUAGAAGCUGUUGAGAAGUCUUUUGGACCUAGACUUGGCACUCCGGUACUGCUUGCCGUGCGGUAGCAGAGAGAACAGUCUAUGACUAGGGUGGCUGGAGUCUUUGACAAUUUUGAGGGCCUUCCUCUGACACCGCCUGGUAUAGAGGUCCUGGAUGGCAGGAAGCUUGGCCCCAGUGAUGUACUGGGCCAUACGCACUACCCUCUGUAGUGCCUUACGGUCGGAGGCCAAGCAGUUGCCAUACCAGGUGGUGAUGCAACCAGUCAGGAUGCUCUCGAUGGUGCAGCUGUAGAAUUUUUUGAGGAUCUGAGGACCCAUGCCAAAUCUUUUCAGUCUCCUGAGGGGGAAUAGGCUUUGUCGUGCCCUCUUCACGACUGUCUUGGUGAGUUUGGACCAUGAUAGUUCGUUGGUGAUGUGGACACCAAGGAACUUGAAGCUCUCAACCUGUUCCACUGCAGCCCCGUCGAUGAGAAUGGGGGCGUGCUCAGUCCUCUUUUUUUUCCUGUAGUCCACAAUCAUCUCCUUUGUCUUGGUCACGUUGAGGGAGAGGUUGUUAUCCUGGCACCACACGGCCAGGUCUCUGACCUCCUCCCUAUAGGCUGUCUCAUUGUUGUCGGUGUUCAUGGCCUACCACUGUUGUGUCGUCGGCAAACUUAAUGAUGGUGUUGGAGUCGUGCCUGGCCAUGCAGUCAUGGGUGAACAUGGAGUACAGGAGGGGACUGAGCACGCACCCCUGAGGGGCCCCCGUGUUGAGGAUCAGUGUGGCAGAUGUGUUGUUACCUACCCUUACCACCUGGGGGCGGCCCGUCAGGAAGUCCAGGAUCCAGUUGCAGAGGGAGGUGUUUAGUCCCAGGAUCCUUAGCUUAGUGAUGAGCUUUGAGGGCACUAUGGUGUUGAAUGCUGAGCUGUAGUCAAUGAAUAGCAUUCUCACGUAGGUGUUCCUCUUGUCCAGGUGGGAAAGGGGAGUGUGGAGUGCAAUAGAGAUUGCAUCAUCUGUGGAUUUGUUGUGGCGGUAUGCAAAUUGGAGUGGGUCUAGGGUUUCUGGGAUAAUGGUGUUGAUGUGAGCCAUGACCAGCCUUUCAAAGCACUUCAUGGCUACAGACGUCAGUGCUACCGUUCGGUAGUCAUUUAGGCAGGUUAUCUUAGAGUCCUUGGGCACGGGGACUAUGGUGGUCUGCUUGAAACAUGUUGGUAUUACAGACUCAGUCAUAUAGGGAACUAAAGCUUUGAAUGUGAUGAUGAAGCUUUGGUUGGAGCUAGUUGCUUGCCUUGCAACCCCAGGGUUGUGGGUUUGAUUCCCGCAGGUGUUAACUGUAGGUCACUGUGGAUAUAUGUACAGAAUGACAAUGUUUUCAUAAAAAAUAAUGAUCCUGCUUGUAUCUUCAUCACUGUUGUCUUUCUCUCAGAUAGUUAUGUGGUGUGUUUUGUAUUGUGCUCUCUAAACAGUAGACGUCUGUGAUGUGGUUUAAUGAGUGUUUUACUAGCCUGCAGCAUUCCUCCAGUCAGCCUCGGGCAUUCAGUUAAACCAUUAGCAUUUAGCACAUGGCUGGUUAUUAGUAUGGCACUAGCACACAAUACAUCAUCACUAUGCUGCCAUGCUAACAAGGUCACUUUGCUCAUGCAGACUACAGUGGUUGUGUUGUUCUUGGCACAUUGAGGUUUGACUAUUUUCUCCUAGAUCUGUGUACCCUAUUAUUUCUCCCUGUAUCAGUCACACUGGCAUUCAUUCAUCUGAUACCAGAUCAGUUUAUUUGACCCUGGCCCUGGGCUUCCUCCCUGUAGACUACUGCAGUGACCUGAACUCUGUUUUCCUGACAUUACAUUAGGUUUUUAAACAUUGAUCUGUUCUUAGACCAGUUAAGUCUGACCCCGGCCCUGUAUUUUCGCCGUGUAGACAACUGCAGUGACCUAAACUCGGAGCUGCAGCGGGUUCUGACGGGGCUGGAGAGCGUGCUGUGUGGGAGGAAGAAGAGCACAUGCAGCCUGUCUGUGGCCGAGGUGGACCGCCAGAUAGAGCAGCUGACCACCGCCAGCGAACACUGUGACCUCGCCAUCAAGGUAAGACACCAGGAAAAGACUGAGACCCAUUUUAGAAAGUCAUAUUCCUUCCUCAUUAUAAACACAAUUAAUUGGGAAUAAAGAGUGAAGGAUGAUUAAGAGUGGACAGAGUGAGAAAAUACAACAUGCAGGAUAGAUGAAUAUAGGUGAACCCAAUACUGGUUUACAGACACUGUAAAUAAAAGAGAGUGAGAUGAGUUAUAAUAACACAAACUGUCUUAUGAUGUUGAACUGUCCUGCUGGAAGAAUUGAGCCACUUCCAGUAAUCAGUCAGUAGGGGUCCUGGGGUGACCCUGGGUUGGACCCAGCAGUAACCAACCGCCUGUCUCGGCCUGGGCGCCGGGGCCUGUGUAAGUCAGACUGAUGUCAGCCUAAUGUCUCAGACUGAUGGGGGCAUGAUGGUGGUCCCCACGGUGAUGACUCAGCUCUGGUAAUGGGACCCUGUCUGCCUGGUUGUCUUCUUCGCAGCGUUGGGUGGGCCAGCAGUCCUGAGAGGAAUUCAGUCUGCUAGCUAUUGGUUUCCUCGCAAAAUGAUUAUACAACACACAAACUCGCAUACACAUUGAAAGAUGGGAGAAUGAGGGGGAGAGAUGGGGGGGGGGGAAAGGAAAGAGACCUAUAGACACAGAAAAAUGUGGAGAUGGAUAGAAAUAGAGAAAGGAACCGAGAGAGAGUUGGAAAGGAAGAUGAAGGAAGAAGUAGAGGGAGAAUGAGAGAGGCAGAGUGAAGGCCGGAGAGCGAGAAAGCGAUAGACUGAAGGGAGCUCCUUGCCUCAUACACCUAGUAAUUUCACUGAAUAUGAGCUGACGGCUCAAUGGAAAUAUGUCCUUCGUGUUAAGACUACUAAAGGCUUAACAGACAAUCACCAUCACUGGCAUUCCUUUAGUGACAGUCACUGUAAUGUGGGAGAAUGGAUUUACUUGGCUUUAUUUUAUCAGCCUGAAUGGACCUCCGUCACAAACCAUUGUGUCAGAGCAGCAAUAGAGGACAGAUAGCUAAACAAAUGAUACUUAAUAUUCCUCUACACUAUAUGGCCCAAAGUAUGUGGACACCCCUUCAAAUUAGUGGAUUUGGCUAUUUCAGCCACACCUGUUGCUGACAGUUGUAUAAAAUCGAAUGCACAGCCAUGCAAUCUCCUUAGACAAACAUCGGCAGUAGAAUGGCCCGUACUGAAGAGCUCCGUGACUUUCAACGUGGCACCGUCAUAGGAUGCCACCUUUCCAACAAUUCAGUUCGUCAAAUUUAUGCCCUGCUAGAGCUGCCCCGGUCAACUGUAAGUGCUGUUAUUGGAAGUGGAAACGUCUAGGAGCAACAAUGGCUCAGCUGCGAAGUGGGAGGCCACACAAGCUCACAGAAUGGGACUGCCGAGUGCUGAAGUGCGUAGCACAUAAAAAUAAUCUGUCCUUGGUUGCAACACUCACUACCGAGUUCCAAACUGCCUCUGGAAGCAACGUCAGCACAAGAUCUGUUCGCUACAGCAUACAAUGACAUUCUAGACGAUGACAAUGCUCCGUGCAUAAAGCGAAGUCCAUACAGAAAUGGUUUGCGAGAUCGGUGUGGAAGAACUUGACAGGCCUGCCCAAAGCCCUGACCUCAACCCCAUCGAACACCUUUGAGAUGAAUUGGGACGACGAAUGCGAGCCAGGCCUAACAGCCCAAUAUCAGUCCUCGACCUCAUUAAUGCUCUUGUGGCUGAAUGGAAGCAAGUCCACUCAGUAAUGUUCCAACAUCUAGUGGAAAGCCUUCCCAGAAGAGUGGAGGCUGUUAUAGCAGCAAAGGGGGGACCAACUCCAUAUUAAUGCCCAUGAUUUUCGAAUUAGAUGUUCGACAAGCAGGUGUCCACAUACUUUUGGCCAUGUAGUGUAUCUACAUUUUCUAACAAACAAAUUGAACUUGGCUAGCAAAUUCAGUUUGUGAUUCCAAAACGGAAUCCUAAAUCCUCGGUCCUAAAACUUAAUGUCAAAGAGUAUUUGAACACUGUUCUUGUAUUUAAUUUCUCUACCUUUUGUUGGCUGGACACAACCAGUGCUAAUCGAUUAGGAUGAGGACAAGAGCUUUCUCCUUGGGUUUGAAAGAGAGGAAAUCGAGCUGGUUUAUUCCAUUAUGAAUCUGACUUUACUUAAUCCUAAUCCAAUUACAUAGUCCCGUGUAGCUCAGUUGGUAGAGCAUGGCGCUUGCAACGCCAGGGUUGUGAGUUCGAUUCCCACGGGGGACCAAUAUGAAAAAAAUUCUAAUUAUGCACUCACUAACUGUAAGUCGCUCUGGAUAAGAGCAUCUGCUAAAUGACUAAAAUGUAAAAAUUACAUUUUGUUGGAAGAAAAAUGAACGCCUUCACAUUUCCAGCUGAGGCUUAAUCCCAAACCGAUCCCUGGAGUCGUGUCUAGACUGAGUGUCCUAAUGUUGUCUCCCUCGCAAAAAUGUAUCUAAAAUAACGGAAUGUAUGUCAUUUGAUAGAAACAAUACUUGUCCAAUGAGUAUGAGAUGUGGAUUGGAUACCAUUUUUCCUACACCGAAAUAGCCAGGCCUUUAAGAUUUGCGAGGAGACUCAGCCAAGUGUCUAGGGAUGGAUUUGUGAUUGGGCCAUGGUAUCCCGUUGUGAAUGUGGGCCCAACCCAUUACCAUGUACUAAGCCUAUGAAUAGAUAUUGGGUAUUCAUGCGACACUGACAAGGUUAAGUUACUCCACAUGUUCCAUAGCGGUAGUUGGGUUUAUAAAACAGUUUUCGAUUCAGUUGAUAAAGCCGAUCCAGACCUCAUACAGAGGGAGAGGUGCUGUACUUUAUAUGAUAUAGAGCCCAUAGACACCAUGCCGCCUUAAACCCACCAGAAUCAGCUACCAUGAAGUCUCAAGUUUAAUAAGAGAGUGUAAAAUACAUACACUACCGGUCAAAAGUUUUAGAACACCUACUCAUUCAAGGGUUUUUCUUUAUUUUUACUAUUUUCUACAUUUUAGAAUAAUAGUGAAGACAUCAAAACUAUGAAAUAACACAUAUGGAAUCAUGUAGUAACCAAAAAAGUGUUAAACAAAUCAAAAUAUAUUUUAUGUUUGAGAUUCUUCAAAGUAGCUACCCUUUGCCUUGAUGACAGCUUUGCACAGUCUUGGGAUUCUCUGUGGCUUAUCCUAGCCAUGCUGGGGUAGACUUAUCUGUUCAUUUAAAGGUUAAAUGGGUGCUGGGCUGGUCUGGGAUCUACAGCAGUCAAUGAGACUUGGGAUUUCAUGCUCAUUCCCUUUCCUUCCUCGUCCUCAUAUUCCCUCUCUCUCUCUGUCUCUGUCUGUCUGGGAGCUGAGAGGGAGAUGGAGGGAUGAGAGGGCUAGGUGGAUAGAGGGAUAAGAGAGAUUCACUCUCUGUGGUGGAGGACAGAUAAAGCCAGGACUCAGGCCUGUCUCUAAGCCCAGUCUCUAAGCCCACUACACGCCUAUGAAUCACUCACCAGAGAUGAGGAUCUGUAGAGGCAGACAUGGUCAUAGACUCCAACCCUCUGCCAUAUCUCACACGCACACACACUCACGCACACACACAAACAUGCACACUUUGGGAGAUCAGAGGUUUGUUCCACUGGAUAAAAAGAGGAAAAGGACACAUGUACAUACAUCAUAGUCUUGGAUGCUUGUUCUACUCAUGUAAAUUGAGACACAUGGUGUAGGGCUACACUACCCACAAAUUAUGAACAUUAUAAUGGUAAACCGACAGGGGAAAAUCCUGUGUGAAAAUGUAUGUGCCUGACAUGUUUGAUAUUCUUGUUUUGUCUGUCUCACUUUUGUUUUGUCUCUGUUCUUUGUUUUAAUUUUUCUCAUAUAAUUUUCUUGUCUCUUUCUUGGGGCUACUUCAAGGUACCAAAUGGUUCUUCUUUGUAAUGCCAUUUUCAUUGAGUCCCUGAGAAUCCAGAGUCAUUCACAUUUGGUUACUAGAAUUGUGACCAUGUAAUCGCAAUCUCAACACUAUACAUACUGCACUGUAAAAAGGCAUGCCAUAAAAUAACAUUCCCCCUCUGUCCUUUCCUCAUUUCCCCCAGACGGUGGAGGAGAUCGAAGGGGCCCUGGGCCGGGACUUCUACCCCAGCCUGUCGGAGGAGCGGGUGCGCUGGGAGAAGGAGCUGGCAGGCCUGAGGGAAGAGAACGAGAGCUUGACAGCCAUGCUGUGCUCCAAGGAGGAGGAUCUGAACCGCACCAAGGCCACCAUGAACGCCAUCCGGGAGGAACGCGACCGCCUGAGACGACGGGUUAGUCAGCUGGGUCCCGUUUAUAUGAUUAUUUUUAUGUUUUUGUCAUUUUGUCUGGAGUGA